AACAAGUGUGACUUGUCUUGCAGAAUUAGCAUUUGCAGAAUUUAGUAUACAAAGUGGUAUUCAAAACAUAUACCAUGAAAUAUUAAAGGUAAAAAUACCUUUAGGAUAGAGAAGAGAUGCACUAGAAACCAGUCAGGAAACACACCCAAUCACUAUGAAAUUAGAUGAUGGAGAAUGUGAGUUCGCACUUAUGUAUGAUAAGUUCUCCACAAUUAUGAAAACUAAUAAGACUGGGAGAAAGUUUCCUGCAUUGUUCGCUAUGAAAGACUUAUGUCCUGUCGUGGAAUCACUGCUACAAAGAUUGAAUGAAGCAAGUAGUGAACCGGUUGACGACUAUCUAAUCUAUUCGAUAGAAACACUGUUUGCAGAUCUACGAAACGCUGCUGUACGGAUCGUGGACGAUCGUAGCAUUCCUCUUGUUGUCGCCGAAAUGGAAUUUGCAAAAGACUUAUCCAGUACACGUGACUUCGAGUGUGAAUUCCAUAAAACUGCAGCGAAUCCAUAG